GAGGAAGCGGCUUCGUCUCCUGCGCGGCUCACAGAGCUGGGUCAUCCUCUCAGCUUUGUCCUCUUCGUUGGGACCCAUGCGUGUCAUAUAUCUUCGCUUCAGCCUCUGUCACCUUGUGACCUGCAGUAUCGGGGAGUCAGUAUGGUGGAUGCCGGGACACCCGGAAUGCGGGAGAUGGAGCUCUUGACAUUGAAGGAUGUGGCCAUAGAAUUCUCUCCAGAGGAGUGGGAAUGCCUGGACCCUACUCAGCGGGUAUUGUUAAAGCAAUUCCCUGUGAACCUGACAGAGAAGCUCCUUAACAUACAGUCCAGAGGAUUUGUAGGCUUGGAGGCCUUACAUCCCUCAUUGUUAAAAACUAGUAAAUCACAGGAGGAACCUGAUGAAACAGACCUCCAAUUACAAAGAGAUAAGCAAAGGCUAAUAAAAGAGAUAAGCAAAGGCUAUAAAAUUUUAUAGCUUAAAUGUCAAUCUCAAGAUAUAGCAGAAACAAGCCCUGUAGCAAUGAUCACAGCAAGGACACAAAGGACAGAUGGUGAUGUUAGAGAACCACAGAGACCUGGUUUUUCUAGGCGAGUACUGUCUUAAAACACAAUCCCUAUUUCAUACCUAGAAUUUCAUAUCCUUUCUUUGUAGAAUGUUUCCUGGGAAUUUCUGCUUUGUACGAAUGAGUUUCAGUUUUCUACUAUCAAAGAAAAAUUGGUGAUUUGUUAACAUAAAAAAUAUUAAAGAUGUUUCACUUUCACAUGAA